GCGUUGUCUUCUGGUAUAUACCCUCUCUUACAUACACACAUACAGCUGUGUGUGGGUGUGGGUGUGCCUGUAAACACUCACCUCCAUUGUCUUUCAUCCAUAAACUGUGUAGUCUAAGCGACCCCUCCCAUUCUGCUUUCGCUUCUCGUGGGCUCACCCUUUAAUCUCUGAACCGUCUUCUUGCUCGCUCUCAAUAGGAAAAGAAAAAAAAGGUCCACCAAAGCGCGAAACUCUCUGAAACUGUUUCUACUUUCGAUAACCUGACGAUUUUCUGAUAUUAAUUCGCAGUUAUGCAGCGGGAGAGAGGAGUGAUUGAUUCCUCUCCGGAGACAAUUGAUUUGAACCAAGAUUCAAUUCCUAGUAGCGGUUCUAUGGAUCAAUCAAAUUCAUGGACCAUGCUGAGUACAGUUGAGAACCUUCUGUCGAAUGACGUGCUCUCGCCCCCCAGUGGGAAUGCUUGUCGCACACCUGCUUCUAGCGACCAGAUUCCGAGUUUCAGUUUUUGGGACCAAGGUGAAUCUAGCUCCAGUACAAGAAACGCGCCAAAUGGAGCUCCUGAAGACGAUUCAAAAGCCAGGCCUGGCUGGUCAUCAUUGCCGCGGACUUCUGGAACUCACCCUAGGUCAGCGGAUUGGCAUUUUGUGCCAUCUAGUUCGGUUAACUAUUCAACUAAUAUUACCAGAGACGUCGGAAAUAGCUUACCUCCUGCCCCUCCUAAAUCCAGCCAUUCAGAAAUUGAGCCAAAUUCGACCAUUUAUGCUUCUUCCAGUCACGUUGGAACCUCUGUAAGCUCUUCAAGUAACUUCUGCGAAAGUGACGAUGCAGCGGGCCCAUCUUUCGGAAAUUGGGGUUCGUCUUGCAAGAGAAAGGCACUCGAGGGUACUUCUGAACAGCUAUAUCCUAGUGGAAGUUCAAGCAUCAAUCCUCUGAUGCCAUCUUCAGCUCCUCUUUAUAUGACCGGUCCACAAAAUUUAAGCAUUUCAUCUGGAUCACCCAACUUGUCUACGUCAUAUCGUGCGGAAAAUCUUCACCCAAGUAAUGGGUGUGCCAUCAGUAUACCCCAAGGCGUCAGUGAAAGAUUUGCUAGAAAUUUCUCUGUAAGAUCAAACCAAGGGCGGAUUGAUUCGGCUCCAUCUGAUACACCUAGAGGAACUUCUGUGAGACAUUUUGGCGUCAAUGCUACCCAGAUGCCGCAACCCAUUACUCAUACUGAAUCUUCUGGAUCAAGGUUGCCAAUGAGAUUUCAAUUUAACCCGAACACAUCGAGCCAGGCUUGUAUAACUCGUUUGGAUGAGGCUGGAGAGGCGCACACCUUCCAUUGGGAUGGAUCUCUCAAUUCUCUAGGUGCUAGUUCAUCUGGUUCUGGAGCUCAUCAAGAAUCGAAUGAUCGAAGCUCUGGGAGGAAUAAUAUGGACUACCUCAUGACUAGUUCAUCCCCGGAAACGAGAAAUAUAUCACAGCACCAAGUUGAUUGGAGCUUUGCUCCUGGUGCUUCUGCUUCUGCUUCUUCGAGGAAUCUGCCUUCUGCUCCGCGGAUUGUUCUAGGUUCAGGUGGCCCAACCUCUUCUGCUGUCGGUUUCCCUCAUGAAAACCAACCUCAACCAAAUCAUCAGCAGCUAUCUGAAGCUGCUCCGUGGAUUCCUUUCCCUCGCGGCGGCGAAUCUGAAUCUGGGAGCCGGAGAAGACACUUUACAGUUCUUCCUUCUGCCUCUUCAUCAGAUGAAUCGACCUCAACUAGAAAUGCUCAAGAUCAGUUUCGCCGAAGCUCAGCAGCAUUGUUAAUGGAAAUGCCAGGUGAUGAAAGUAAUGGUUGGCGCACUUUGCCCGGUGUCGAGGGCAGAAACAGGCUGAUUCGCCAAGUCUUAAAUGCAAUGCGGCGAGGCUCUCACUUACAAGCUGAGGAUUAUACGUUUAUCGACCCCUUUAUAAACAGUAUUGCCGAGAUGCAUGACAGGCACAGAGAUAUGAGGCUUGAUGUCGACAAUAUGUCUUAUGAGGAAUUGCUAGCUUUGGAGGAACAAAUUGGAAAUGUGAGUACUGGAUUGAGUGAGGAGAAGAUCGUGAGCUCCAUGAAGCAGCGGAAACUUGAAGUCUUCAGAAUCCCUCUGAAUUUGGAGCCUUGCUGUAUAUGUCAGGAGAAUUAUGUUGUUGGAAAUGAUAUUGGAAUGCUGGACUGUGGGCACGAGUUUCACGCCGAUUGCAUCAAGCGUUGGCUGACUGAGAAGAACCUCUGCCCUAUCUGCAAGACGACGGCCCUGGAAACAUGAGCGACGGGGAAUGGCGUGUACCCAUAAAUAAUACCUGAACUUGCACUUGAAUUUGAACCUGAAGUUUUCUUGGUCACAUCGCCUUUCCUUUGCAGGGUUUUUAUUUAUUUAUGUCAUGGAAAAUGGAGCAGGAAAAACCUGGUAAUUUAUGGACUGUUUUUGUGGUGUUAGAGAAAAUAAGAAAGAUUGAAAUGUGCCUUUGGAUAUUGAUUCGAACCAAGAAGGUAUGAAGAGAUCUUUUACAGACA